CGCGUUGAGCAUUAUGAAUUUAAACUAACAGGUAGGCAAAAACUACAUUGUGUAGCUAAAUCCCUCGUGUGAUCAUUAUUUCCGUGACGAGGGGUCGAUAUCGAUGCAAGUGAAUACACAAAGUAGGAGCGCAGAAUGCAGGUCAAACCCCUCAAGAAAAGGCUAUCGAGACUGUCACAAAGACACAUGCCAACAGGGAUCCACAGGUCACCACUGUCAUACUAUCGUCCAACCCCAAUCUCUCGAUUCAGCAACGACAUGGCUGCGGGGCGUGUCAGGCGUCUGAUCCCACGACGAAAUCAUCAAAUAAAAACCCGGAAAAGUGCUGCUCAAGCGAAUGCAGCGACAUUGAUUCCAGACCCGAGAAACGGUAGCUCAGAGUGACUAUAUGAAGUGUCGGAAUUACACUGUGAGUUGGGGAGAUGGAGACCAGACAAUAACGAAACGCGACCCUGGCCUUCAACAGAAAAGAGGGUCCCAAUGUCACCGUUCACGGCAGUUGUCCCUAUAUCACUAAGUCGCUACUACUCCAAGAUCAAUACCUGUUGGGUAUCAAUGCGUCCGCGCUCCCAUUCCCACUACCACUACAUUUUCCUAAGACCGGGCACCUGAAGCG